UUCAGAUGUGUCGGUGGGAACAGAGUCUGGAGAGUCUGAGUCUGGACGUGUUCAGGUUUAAGUCGUACCUGUCGAGUCUUCAGGGUCUGGAACUUCCCAACGCCAAAAACCCCCUGAGCUCCGCCUCCCGAAACUCCAAGAGCAUCCUGGGAAAACUGGGUCUGUUCAACGUGUCCACGCUGCACGCUCUGGUUUGCAGUCGGGACCAGGCCGCGCUGAGACGCCACCGCCGCGCUCUGAUUGGUCAAACCAGGGAGAGACGCGCUCUGAUUGGACAGAGCAUCAGGAAGAGGCGGAGCUUCAAGUCGUCGAUGAAAACGACAGAAAAACAAAACGAAGACGAUCAGACGCCUCCUCCUCAGGUUCAAGAAGAAAAAACAGAAGAACUGAAUUUACAGCUGAAUCGAAACACGUCACACCUGGACUACGGCUUCGCUGUGAUUGGUCAGGUCGACACCGAGGGGCGGAGCCACAUCUACAUCAGUCAAGUCGAUCCAAACGGACUGUCGGCCAAUCAAGGUCUGCGCGUGGGGGACCAGGUGGUCUCGGUGAACGGGGCUUGUGUCUCUCGUUUGGACUUGGACCUGAUCCCGAGCGUCUUCAGCCACAGGACUCUGCUGCUGUCGCUACGGAGACGCCGCGCCUCACCUGACCCCCCGCCGGCCAAUCAGGAGACAGCGCCGCAGUCACAUGACCCCGGGGACACAGAUUCUUGGACUCCAGACGAACCGACGACGACGACGACGAGCUCCAAAGAGAGCUCCGACAGAAUCAACUCCUUGUACCAGAUUUUCCCAGAAUGCCGAGCGGCCGACCCGGACGUCCCCAAAAACCCGUACGACCCUAAAGAGGCGGAGCGUCGCACCCCCAGCCCCUCCCACACCCCUCCCAGCCCCGCCCACUCCAGCUGCAGCCCCUCCCACCUCAGCGUCUGUCAGCGAAUCAGGAAAGUGGUGGAGGAGCUUCUGGACACCGAGAAAUCCUACGUGAAGGACCUGUCCCUGCUCUUCGACCUUUACCUGACCCCACUGCAGCGACAUCACUUUGUGUGUAACAGUUGUGUGUUUGUUCAGAUGGAGUCUCUCUUCGGGAGUUUACCCUCCAUGUUGGAUUUUCAGAAGGUUUUUCUCCAAACGCUCGAGGAGAAAAUCCAGAGUCAAGAUCUGAACCGACUGGAGACUCCAGAGGAGCUCAAGACGUUGCUCUUCUCGUUGGGAGGUUCCUUCUUGUAUUACGCUGAUCACUUCAAACUCUACAGCGGCUUCUGCUCCAACCACCUGAAGGUCCAGAAGGUUCUUCACAGAGCGAAGACGGACGAGGCCUUCAAGCUCUUCCUGGAGACGAGGAACCCGACGAACCAACACUCGGCGUCUCUGGAGUCUUUCCUGAUCAAACCCGUCCAGAGGGUCCUGAAGUACCCCCUGCUCCUGCGAGAACUCGUGUCCCUGACGGAGGAGCGGACGCCUGAACACGCCCACCUCACAGAGGCGCUCAGGUCCAUGGAGACUGUGGCGUCUCACAUCAACGAGAUGCAGAAGAUUUACGAAGAGUUUGGAUCCGUGUUCGAGAAACUGAGCGCAGAGAACAGCGCCUCCUACGGACAGGUGUCUGAAUUGUCCAUGGGAGACUUGUUGCUUCACUCUUCAGUUCUCUGGUUAAAUCCUUUUCCGACUUUGGGGCGAAUGAGGAAAGAUCCUCAGCUCAGUGUUUUUGUUUUCAAACAGGCCGUGAUCCUGGUUUACAAAGACCCUAAAGUCAAGAAGAGACUGGUGUCUCGUUCAGACUUGGACCCGUUCAGGUUCAGGUGGUUGAUCCCAGCGUCGGCCGCUCACGUCAGGAACCACCACAACACCGAUGCAGAGUUUGAGUUGGUUCAUCUGCGCUCGGGGUCUGAGGAACGUCUGGAGACCGUGUUCCAGCUCAGCUCCAGUGACGUCGAGUCCAAGUCCUCGGUCCUGGAGACUCUUCGCUCCGUCCUCAGAGCCCCGCCUCCUCCUCCUCAGAGCUCGACGGCGUGGCGGCCGCCUUCAAACGGCCACGCCCCCUUCGCCCAUGACGACCGUCUCCGUGACGACCGUCUCCGUGACGACCGUCUCCGUCCACGCCACGCCGACGACGGGGACCAGACCGAGCAGUUAGAGGCCCAGCUGCAGCGGCUUCACUUCGGCGACCAAUCGGAGCGGCGGGAGGAGGCGGCGGGGCGGGGCCUGAAGCAGUGGAGGCGGAGCUUGGUGGAGCUGGGCGGCGGUUUAUUGGACAGAGAUUACAGCGUCCAGAGUCUGACGUCCAUCAUCAACGAAGACUGUUUCUACAACUCUGUACGGCGACGCAGACCCAGACCCGGACUAGACCUGGUCUAGACCCGAGCGAGGCCCGGACUAGACCUGGUCUAGACCCGAGCGAGGCCUGGACUAGACCUGGUCUAGACCCAAGCGAGGCCCGGACUAGACCUGGUCUAGACCCGAAUAAGACCUGGACUAGACCUUGGUUAGACCUGGAUUAGGCCUUAAUUAGACCUGAGUAAGCCUGGGGUUGGACCUGGUUUAGUCCUGGUUUAGUUCUGGUUUAGUCCUGGUUUAGAUCCUGGUUCAGUUCUGGUCUUUUCUCUGUAUGUAGCAUAAGUCCUGGUUGAGUUCUGGUUUGGUCCUAAAUAUAAAAAGCUGAAGUUUUCAGACGACAGGAGGAUCUUUGGUUCUUUCUGGAACAAAAUAUUUAAAUGUAUUUAUAAACUAUAAAGUUAUUUAUCAGUAUUUACCUUCUGAUGGGCUGUAGAUCUGUGUGAAUGUGGUGGACACAUGUGGACACAUGUGGACACAUGUGGAC